AUGGUUGGACUGUCGGAAGAUUAUCUGUCUCAAAACAGAACUUUACUUAACCAGACAUUCAUGGUGGACACCAUUGAGGGUCCUACCCCUGUGAUGCUAUCUGACUUUGAUAGUUACUUAUCUGGAGAGAUAACGUACGCUUUGAUAUUUGGGCUUAGAAUUGGUACUGCUGCUAUUGUGUCUAUUUUGCUAGCUCUUAUAUCCAAGAAGUACAAGUCACCAGUGUUUUGGUUAAACCAAACGUCACUUAUUCUUUUGAUUAUACACUCGGGUCUCUUUAUUAGUUACCUUCUUGGACCAUUUGGCUCAGUAACUACCGAAUUUACCGGAUCCUAUGCCAAUGUCACCUAUAGUGCUCUAUGCACUUCGGUAGCUGCAUCUUGGCUACAAUUGCUGUUGGUUGUCUCAAUUGAAUCGUCACUGCUCUUCCAAACACGAUCAGUAUUCCCAGAAUAUGGAAAGUACCGAAACAUAUUCACGGCUAUAGUGUUUUGUAUCGCGACCCUGCCAACUAUCGUUAUCUGGACAUACAAUUGUGUUCUGAGUACCAUUACCACUAUCUAUCCCGACAAGGGGUAUUUGCUAACAGGACAUAAUCUCAAAAUCUACUAUGCUCUAUGGCCCAUUUUCUCAGCCUCGGUUGUCUUCUACAGUGCCAUUUUUGGCGUGAAGCUAUUUUUGGCUAUUCGCCGUAGACGUAGACUUGGACUCAAGCAAUUUGAUACUACUCAAAUUAUUUUUAUUAUGAGUAUUCAGACAAUGAUUAUUCCAGCUAUCUUUACGAUUAUCCAGUUUGCACUAUCAGAUGUACCACCUGGAUAUACAGCGUUCACACCGCUUCUUGUGGUGGUCUUCCUGCCUCUGUCAGCAAUGUGGGCCUCCUUCAACAUUGCCACGCCCAACAUCAGCUCCAAUUCAUUUGUGCCAUUUGUAGCCAGGUCCGAUGCCUCGUCGGUUACCUAUGCAAGCAAAAAGAGAGGACAGUCGUCCAAGAACGAUACAGAAGCGGCAAUUCAUUCGGCCUCUCCUAUUUCACCGUCGUUUAUGAGCCACAAGGUGCGCACUCCGAACCACAACUACUUUGCUGCUGACGAUGAUGAGGAAGACAUGUUCACUUACAACGAAAUCAUUAGAACAGUUCAGGCUGAGAACACACGAGGCAGACAAAAUUAG